ACUCAUGAAGUAGAGUAAACAAUGCAAAACCCUCCUUAAACCCUCGCCCUCCUAGUUCACAAAGAGCGACGAAUCGAUGUCUCCCAUUUACUUCACCUUUCGCUCUCUCCCAAAACCACACUCUCAGUCCUCCCACCACAGCCAUAGCCGCCACAGAACCUUCUUCGUAGACGCCACCACCAAAUGGGUCCGAGAUCGAGGCCUCGACCACGCCGUCGAGAGGGAGAAGAACCUCAGGCCAAUGGUCAACAUCAAGAAUUUCAUCAAAUCAGAGCCGUCCAAGUCCCUCCCCAUUUCCAUCAUCGCCCAAAACAGAGAAUCCCUUAUGAUACCCACGCGCCCCAUCGAUUUCAUCCGCAAAUACCCUUCGAUUUUCGAGGAGUUCCUUACCGGUGGCGGCGCAAUCCAGCCUCAUGUCCGGCUCACUGGCCAAGUGCUCGAUCUCGACGCCGAGGAGGAGCUGAUGUAUCAGAGUGAGAGCUACAGGCAGGAUGUCGCUGACCGGCUUUUGAAGCUCUUGAUGCUGGUAAGAACCAAUAAAUUGCCGCUAAAUGUCAUCGAACACUUGAAAUGGGAUCUGGGUCUUCCUCAUGAUUAUCAGAAAAGCUUAGUCUCUGAGUAUCCGGACUAUUUUAAUAUUGUUGUUGGCAAAAAUUCGGCAUCUGGGUCGAAGGAUUUGCGGGAUUUGGAGUUGGUAUGUUGGAGAAAUGAAAUGGCAACUUCGGUUUUCGAGAAGAACGCUGCAGCUAAGGAGAAGAAGGCUUCAGCUAAGAAGAAGAGGGCAUUGAGCGGGGAUUCGCCUUCUAAGGAGGAAGAGCAAUGUGUUUUUCCUAUGCAGUUCUCCAGAGGUUUUGAGAUGGAUAAGAAGUUGAAGAAGUGGAUUGAUGAGUGGCAGAAGUUGCCUUAUGUGUCUCCAUAUGAAAAUGCAGCUCAUCUUUCGUCUAAGAGUGACGAAUCAGAUAAGUGGGUGGUAGCAAUUCUGCACGAGCUUCUGCAUGUUUUGGUUCCCAAGAAGACAGACAGGGAGAAUUUGCUGUGUCUUGGAGAACAUUUGGGUCUUCGGUCGAGGUUUAAGCAAGCAUUGCUUCACCAUCCAGGUAUAUUUUAUUUGUCAAACAAGAUAGGAACUUAUACUGUUGUUUUGAGAGAGGGAUAUAAGAGGGGUACGAUUAUUGAGAAUCAUCAAUUAAUGAAUAUGAGAAGCCAGUAUAUUCACCUCAUGAACACAGUAAAGGAAGAUGGUAAAAUGAUAAGUGUGCCCGGUGGAAGUACUCAAGAAAAGAAGGCAGUAGUUGAUGUUCCUAAAGGAAAAGGCGAAGGAGAGGAGGACGAUGAAAGUGAGGAAGAGCAGGAAGGCGAGUUGCGUGAUUCAUCUGAUACUGAAUUUUUGUAUGACGAUGACAGUGAUGAAGAGGAUGAAGAUCAGAGUGAGACAAGCAUUGAAAAACGUGGUAUUAAUAACAGAGGAAGGAGAGGUAGGAAAUCUCAUUUUGAUGGGAAAACACCUUCCAGAAAUGCUGAAAGAGGAACAUCAGGUGGAAGAAAAGCUAGAAACUCUGAUUUUAAUGGGAAAACACCUUCCAGAAAUGCUGAAAUAGGAACAUCAGAUGGAAGAAAAGCUAGAAACUCUGAUUUUAAUGGGAAAACACCUUCCAGAAAUGUUGAAGGAGGAAGGUCAGGUGGAAGAAGAGAUAGGAAAUCUGAUUUCGAUGUGAAAGCACCUUUUAGAAAUGCUCAAAGGGGAAGGGCAGGUGGAGAACACCCUGGUAAGAGCAGGGAUGCGGUCUCUUCAGACACUUCUAGAAGAACAAGAACUGAUGUUAGGCAUAAUAUCCGUCCAAUUUCAAGAGAGAGAUCGAAUUUCUCUCAAAGCAAGGGGAGGUCAUUACCAGGCGAGAAGACUAGUGUUGAGAAAAGAUUCAGCUAAUUUUUCUGCAACAUUUUGAUAGGUUUGUCUCAAGUUCUAGAUGUUCCCUUGUUAUGAGCUCGGAAAUAUUAUACUUGCCUGCUUAGUAAUUUUGUGAUUGAUUUUGGCUUUGCAUUUGGAUGCAUACAUGCAUACGUGCUUACUCAUACAAUCAAAGAAAUGACAGAUGGAUUGGUUAAGAAAGUAAGAGCACAGAUGCGAAAGCAUUUUAUUACCAAACAAACGUAAGUAGAAAUGUGAUUUGGAAA